CGCAUGUCCAAUGAUCCCCAGUUGAACCGAAACACCUGACACCUAGGCUGCUACUCCGAACAGACGAAGAAUCUGUCAAAAACUACAAUCUUUUGAAGGCCACGCGGAUGUUAAAACAUGAAGUUCAUUGAGAACGGGUCAUGCUGAACGACUUACUGACCAGUGCUGAUCUGUUUUCAAUGGCAUUUUAGCUGCAGUAUGUCAGAGGAGUGAGGAAAGGACUCUCUCUCUUAAGAUGAGUCUCUCAGAGAAACAGUGUGAAAGAUCAGGCUCACUUGUGUCUAACUCUGUGUCUGCGAAGAGUGACCAGUCAAAGGAUGGUGAUGUACCGAACUUCAGUAAGGAAAAAACAUCUAUCAAAAGGCUUCAAAAUGAAACAUUAGAUUCAAAUUUCCAGACUCACAUGAAACACAAGAAUUUCACAGACAACCUCCAGUGGAUUUUCCAGGCUCUUGAGAAAAAAAUAAUCAAAUUUCUGAAGAAUGAGCUGGAGAAUUUUAAGAAAAUAUUACAAAAAGAGAACAUGCACUGCUUUGUGAAGGACUUUACUGAGAAUAAAUGCAGUAUCAAAGAAGCAGCUCUUGAUCUCACACUACACUACCUGAGAGAGAUGAAUGAAGAUGCAGCUGCUGAUACUCUAGAAGAUGAGCUGUUCUUCAUUCAUCAGCUAAAAUGUGGCCUAAAGAAGAAGUAUCAAUGUGUGUCUGAGGGAAUUGCAAAGCAAGGUGACUGCACAUUUCUGAACAACAUCUAUACAGAUCUCUAUAUCACUCAGGGUAGUAGUGAACAGGUCAAUACUGAACAUGAGGUAAGACAGAUUGAAGUUGCUUCCAGGCAUCAUGAAUCACAAGAGAUACCAGUUGAAUGCACAAAUUUGUUUGAAUCGCCUGAACAAAACAAAGAGAUCAGAACUGUACUGACAAAAGGAGUUGCUGGUAUCGGGAAAUCCCUCUCUGUGCAAAAGUUUGUUCUGGAUUGGGCUGAAGGAAAAGAAAAUCAAGAUAUCAGCUUCAUAUUUCCUCUUCCAUUCAGAGAGAUGAACUUAAAGGAGAAUGAAAAACAAAGUUUGAUGGGUUUUAUGAGUCAGUUUUUCCCAGAGACAAAAGGACUGAACCUUACAAGAAGGAAUAAUUUUAAAGUCCUGUUCAUUCUUGAUGGAUUGGACGAAUGUCGCCUUCCUUUGAACUUUGAUGGUAAUGAGACGUGGUGUGAUGUAUCUUCACCAGCCUCUCUGGAUGUUCUCCUAACGAACCUCAUCAAGGGAAAUCUGCUUCCUUCUGCUCUCAUCUGGAUCACCACCAGACCAGCAGCUGCCAGUAAGAUUCCUCCUGACUGUAUCGACCGGCUGACAGAGAUACGAGGAUUCAAUGAUGCACAAAAGGAGGAGUACUUCAAAAAAAGAUUCACAGAUGAGAAAAUGGCCAAUGAAAUCAUUGAUCAUGUUAAAAAAUCAAAGACUCUCUUUAUCAUGUGCCACAUCCCAGUUUUCUGCUGGAUUUCAGCCACUGUUCUCCAGAACAUUUUGGAGGAGAAAAGAAAUAAUACUUUGAAAAACAAUCAGUCUGAUGACACCUCUAAAACACUGCAGGAAUCAAAUGCUGAAGAUACUCCGAAGACUCUGACACAAAUGUACACACACUUUCUCCGCUUUCAGAUUCAGCAGAGCAGCCGAAAGUAUGAUGGAAAAUACACACCAGAUGUUUCCUGGGAUAAAGAUGCCAUCCUUUCACUGGGGAAACUGGCAUUUCAUCAGCUGGAAAAAAACAACCUGAUCUUCUAUGACACAGACCUGGAAGACUGUGGUAUUGACGUCAGUAAGGCAUCAGUGUAUUCAGGCAUGUGUACCCAGAUCUUUAAGGAGGAAACGGGGAUCAUUCUUGGUACCAUGUACUGCUUUGUUCACUUGAGCAUUCAAGAGUUUACUGCAGCCCUUUAUGCACAUCUGUUUCUAGACAUCUACAAGAAAAGUGUGUUUGUUCAUGAGUCUACAGAACAGGAAAACAAAAAUGAAACCAUGAUUGAUUUGCUCAAGACUGCAGUGGACAAGGCACUCAAGAGUGACAAUGGACACCUGGACCUUUUCCUGCGCUUCCUCCUCGGUCUUUCUCUCCAUUCUAAUCGGCGACUCUUUCAAGGUUUGUUGAUACAGCAAGAUGGCAAUGACCAGACUAAAAAGGAAAUAGUUCAGUACAUCAAGCAGAAAUUUGUAGCUAAUCUGUCUCCAGAGAGAUCCAUCAACAUGUUCUACUGUCUGAAUGAACUGAAUGACCAAACUCUUGUGAAAGAGAUUCAGACCCAUUUUAGCAAUGGAAGUCUCUCAUCUGCUGAACUUUCACCUGCCCAGUGGUCUGCUUUGGUCUUUGUGUUGUUGACAUCAGAGGAGAAGCUGGAGGAGUUUGAGCUUCAGAAAUUCAAGAAAUCAGACGAGUGUCUCAUCAGAUUAUUGGCAGUCAUCAAAACCUCCAAAACAGCUCUGCUAAAUGAUUGUAACUUAACAGACAGAAGCUGUUCAGCUCUGGCUACAGUUCUUGGAUCAGAUACCAAUCUGAAAGAGCUGAACAUGAACAAUAAUAAUCUGCAGGAUUCAGGAGUGAAGCUGCUAUGCACUGGACUGGAGAAUAUAAAGUGUAAAUUGGAAAUACUGAGGCUCAGUAAGUGUGAUCUAACAGAGGUAAGCUGUUCAACUCUAGCUUCAGUUCUCAGUUCAGACUCCAGCAGUCUGAAGGAUCUCGACCUGAGCAAUAAUAAUCUGAUGGAUUCAGGAGUUAAGCUGCUUUGUGAUGGGCUGAAAGAGAAUUGUAAACUGGAGAAACUCAGACUUUCUAACUGCUGUAUCACUGAGGAAGGUUAUAAAGCUCUGGCUUCAGCUCUGAGAUCAAACCUUUCACACCUGAUAGAGCUGGACCUCACAGGAAAUGAUCCUGGACAAUCAGGAGUGAAGGAGCUCAACGAUUUACUACAGGAUCCAAACUGUCAACUGAAGACACUGAGGUUUUUGGGUUCUGCUGCAGAGGAAGGCUGUCAGUAUGUGAAUGGAGUUGUGGGUGAAAACCCGUUACUGCUGAGAGAGCUGAAUCUGAGGAGGUGUGAACUAAGAGACUCAAAUGUGAAGAAGCUCGCUGCUCUACUGCAGGAUAAACACUGUAAACUCAACUCACUGACGUUAGAUUACUGCAGAAUGACAGAUGAAGAUUGUUCUGCUGUGACUUCAGCUCUGAAAUCAAACCCAUCACACCUGAGAGAGCUGGAUCUCAGUCAGAAUGAACUAGGAGACUCUGGAGUUGAAAACCUCUGUGAUCUACUGAUGAACCCACAAUGCAAACUGGAAAAACUACAUCUGUAUGAAUGCAGUAUUACAGAGAAACAGUGUCUCAUCCUGACUUCAGCUCUGAAAUCAAACCCAUCACACCUGAGAGAGCUGGAUCUCGGUAAGAAUAAUAUAGGAAACACAGGAUUGAAUCACUUAUGUGACGUACUGAAGGAUUCAGACUGUAAACUGGAGAGACUGGGCCUAAUUGACUGUGGCAUUACAGAUGUUUCUUCUUUAACUCAGUCUUUGACAAACACAAAAGCACUGCAGUUUUUAAAGGAGCUUCAUCUGACACGCAAUAGUAUCAGAGAUGCAGAGCAGCUCAGAGACGUGAUACGAGACUCAAACUGUAAACUGUGA